AUGAUGUAUCGAUAUUAUGGUUCAGUUUCUAGAGGAAAUAUAGUUAAAAAAUUAUUAAAUAGAGGUAUUAGAAGAAGGGUAAUGAUAUGGGGGAUGGGAUGUCUAGGGGCAUACUUUUUUCCGAUUAUUAUGUCGGGUAUUUUAGUUUUAUUGACAGGAGUUUUUCUUUCACGAGUUUUUCAAUCAAUUUUUAAUUUGAGGUAUCAGAAGAGAUUUAUUAAUAACAUAUUUCCUUUUUGGAAUGCGGGAAAAUAUGAAUCUUUAUUGUCGAAUUUAUUUAAACCACUUGUUUCUUAUAUUAUACCGGAUACAGGUUCUCUUGCAGAAAAAUUAUAUAUAAAUUCUAUAAAACGAAUAGAAAGGGCAAUUGAGGUUAAUGAAUCAGAAAUAUCCUAUAUUUUGGGGACAAGAAAGGUAUCAUUUGAACAAUAUGAAUCAUUUUCUAUGAUAGGAAUAAACAAUUUGUCAAAAUUUUCUAUAAAUUUUAAAAUGCUUGAUUUUUAUACAAGAAAUGAAAUAGCAUUAGCUUCUUCAUACGGAGUAAUGGAUGAAUAUGAUAAAAGUGCUGUUUUAGAAAAGAUCCUAAUAACUACCAAUGAUAAUGAAAAAAUAAUUCUUUAUGGAGAUAUAAUUUCUAAAAAAGGUCAAGGAAAAACCAUAGAUGCCGAACACUGGACCACGAAAUCGUUAAAUUAAAUUCAAUAAACAAAGCUUUGUUUAUAAGACUACAAUUCAUCAUGAGUAUCCUUUUUUUUGUUUUUUUCGUCAAAAUUAAAUUGUAUAUUUUGCAUCAUAUCAACAGGUAUUGCAAUAUUAUCUACAACAUAUUCACCUGAUUCGUUAGUUUUUCUUUGUUCUAAAACGCGUGCAAUUAAAUCUGCUAUCGUUUUAUCAUAUUUAUUCCAUUCAGGAAUUUGACGGCGAGCACGCUUUAAUUUUGAUUCCUUUGUCAUUGGAUUAUUACACAGGUCUAUUGUUUUCGCAUCUUUUAAUGUUUCAUCUGAACACCAUGUUUCGCACCAGAGCCAAUUUUGAGGUAAAGAAAAAAUUGGAACUAAAUGUUGCAAAUUAUUUGGUAAAUCUUGAUCAAGAUUAGCUAGCGAUCCAGGAUCUUCACUAAGGGUUUGGUAAUGUUGUCUUAAUAAAUCUCCAGCAGCAAUUUCUCUAAAUCUUUUAAGAUCUACUACAUAUAGAGCGCUUCCUAAUAUUAGAUAUUUAAUAAACACAAGUCCAAUUACC